UCAGCUGCUUAUAGCGGGAUGGCGGCAGGCCUUCUGCCACUGGGGGGAACUGACUUGGUGUCACUGACAUCCCCAGUGACACCAAUACAGUGAUCAGUGCUAAUAAAAGCACUGACACUGUACUAAUGGCACUAGGCAGGAAGGGGUUAACACGUGGGGCGAUCAAAGGGUUAACUGUGCUGUUUUACUGUGUGCUUUGUGUGUGUGUGUGUGUGUGCUUCACUGUAAGUACACUGCUUUGCAUGGCUGUGCUAUGCAAAGCCAUGCAAAGCAGUGUGCAGUAGCUGACAGGGGAGAGAUCUGAGUUGUUUAUACACAGGUCUCUCCCCUGUCGGAGAUACACAGUGAUCACUAGGUGCCGGCGAGUAAUCA